AUGCGAAAAGGGGCCGAAGCCCUCACCUGGCCCCCACUACCCCUUGGAGCUGGAGCUAGCCAAUUAGCUACUAGACCUUUAAAUCAAGAUAAUUAUCAACUGCGAAACAAAACUCAACAAGCUUCUAACGGCCAGAACACACGAUCUGAGAAAGACUUGAUAAAUGAGAUCACGAAAUUAAUUAACAAAUUCGCACUUUCCACUAAUAUAGAGCCAGAUUCGUACCUAUCUAAAAACGAAAUACAGAAAGAUCCAUCAAUCGCGAUAUACUUCAAAGGGCCGUACUCGUGUUUAAUUGUUAUAUUAGGUGAUAAACAGUGGCAUUACGUUCCACAAACACCACCAUUUCCAGCUUGGUUCUAUGAAAGUCACAACACAUUCGAAGCUCCUUUAAAAAUACCGGAACAUACCAGAUAUGCGUUUUUACAAGUACUUCUGCGACUUUUGAAGUUAAUUUUAUCUCAUCCACUUUAA